GACAACCUGCUUGCUGGAUAGCUCACUCACCUGCGUGUCGGCGGGAGGCCUGUUUCUCACAGCAUGGACCUCCCUACAGGGUGAAUUGAGUGUCCCCAUGACUUGGCAUUUGGCUUCUCUCACAACACGUGGUCCCCAAGAGAGCAAAGCAGAAGCCACAUUGUCUUUUGUGAUCAAGCCUCAGAAGUCACAUACCAUCACUACUGUCAUUCCAGACAACCCUUCAGUGUGGGAGGAUCAACCCAAACGUAUGAAUACCAAUAGACAGGGAGCGCUGGGAGCCACCCGGGAGGCCGGCUACCAUGGAGAGUCUGACAAUGAUGAUAACGAUUAUAACUUAGAUGAGAGAGAGGGAAUCGUCAGAUUUCAUCCUUGUCCGAGAGCCACUGUCCAAAUCAUUAUGAAAGAGUCCAAUGGAGUUUCCUCCCAGUAGGUGGCAGUACUGGUCCACUUCCCGAUCUUCGUUGGGUAUAACCAUCGGCAUGGAAGAAGUCAUCCAAACACAGGGGUUUAGAAGGGUCCUGGAAGAGAACCAGAACAUCCACAAGGCACCACCAAGAUUUAAGCAGCUGAGUUCAAGGCUCAAGUGGAGAACACAUAGCUUCAGAGGCAGAAGGAGUCGAAGGUGCUCUCCAGCUUUGAACACUUCCCCUACUUGAGAUGUAUACAAAGGCAGUCCAACUCCUCUGGGGAUGUUUCUUCCUGUGGAAUCUCUACAUCUCAUCCGCCCAGACCGUUUACCCUGGAAUCAAGGCCAGGGUUACUCAGCAGGCUCUGGACUAUGGCGUUCUAGCUGGGAUGGAGAUGAUUGAGCAAAUGGUUAAGGAAAAAAAUAUCCCAGACCUAGAAGGUUCUGAAUCUCUGGAAUUUCUGAAGGUUGAUUAUGUGAACUACAAUUUUUCAAACAUAAAAAUCCAUGCCUUCUCAUUUCCAAAUACUUCAUUAGCCUUUGUGCCUGGGGUGGGAAUCAAGGCCCUGACCAACCACGGUACCGCCAACAUCAGCACCGACUGGGAAGUCAAGUCUCCGCUCUUCCAAGACACAGGAGGAGCUGAUCUGUUUCUCUCUGGCGUCUUCUUCACCGGUAUCAUUGUCCUGGCCCGCAACGACUUUGGUCACCCAAUCAUGAAGCUCCAAGACUGUUACGCCCAAGUGAGCCACGCCCACGUGUCAUUUUCCGGAGAACUCAGUGUCCUGUACAACUCCUUUGCUGAACCCAUGGAGAAACCCAUUUUAAAGAACUUAAAUGAAAUGCUCUGUCCCAUUAUCAUGAGUGAGGUGGGAGCCCUGAACACCAACCUCAGCAUGCUGGAGGUUUUAACCAAGAUUGACAACUAUACUCUCCUGGACUACUCCCUAAUCCAUUCUCCAGAGAUAACUGAGAAUUACAUGGAGCUGAAUUUGAAGGGCGUAUUCUACCCCCUGGACAACCUCAGUGACCCCCCCUUCUCGCCAGUUCCUUUUGCGCUGCCAGAACGCCAUGACUCUAUGCUCUAUAUUGGAAUCUCCGAGUUUUUCUUCAAAUCUGCAUCCUUUGCCUACUUUACAGCUGGGGCCUUCAAUGUCACUCUAUCCAUGAAAGAGAUUUCCAACCAUUUGGUUCAAAACUCUCAAGGCCUUGGCAAUGUGCUCUCCCGGAUCGCAGAGAUCUACAUCCUGUCCCAGCCCUUCAUGGUACGGGUCAUGGCAACGGAGCCUCCUGCAGUCAGGCUGCAGCCGGGCAACUUCACCCUGGACAUCCCUGCCUCCAUCGUGCUCCUCGCCCAGAGCGAGAACUCAACCGUGGAAACCAUCGUGUCCAUGGACUUUGUUGCUAGCACCAGUGUUGGCCUGGUUAUUUUGGGACAAAGACUGGUCUGCUCAUUAUCUCUGAACAGAUUCCGGCUCUCUUUGCCAGAGUCCAAUCGCAGCAAUAUUGAGGUCUUGAGGUUUGAGAACAUUCUGUCCUCUAUUCUCCACUUUGGAAUCCUCCCACUGGCCAAUGCAAAAUUGCAGCAAGGAAUUCCCCUGCCCAACCCGCACAAAAUCUCACUUGCCAACUCCGAUAUUGAAGUUUUUGCGGGAUUCCUUUUGAUCUCCACCGACCUCAAGUAUGAAACGUCCUUAAAGCAGCAGCCAAGUUUCCAUGGUUGGGAAGGUCUGAACCUCAUAAGUGGACAGUGGAGGGGGAAGCCUGCCGCUUGAUUGCCUGUUUGGAGCCCACCCCAGGCGGCCAGUGGCCCUUAAUCCACAGCUACUGUAAGCCCAGAAGGGGAGGACAGUGCACGCUGGAUUGUAAAGCCCUGCGAAGUGCUUAGGCUGACAGUUUUCCUUCUCGAGCCCUCAGGGACAGAGGGAGGCAAACUGAGUUAAAGAGCCAAAUCGGGGUGUGUGUGUGUGUGUGUGUGUGUGUGUGUGUGUGUGUGUGUGUGUUUAGGGGUAGGCAUUUCAGUGUUUCAUGUUCGAAUGCACAUUGUGUGUUUCUGUGUUUAUAAAAUGCUGGGGCCUGCAGCUAGCCAUGUGCCCUGGAGGAGGCGCAUGAGAAAGCCCAAAGGACAGAUUUGCCCGAGUUCUUUCUGGAGGAGCUCCUUUAGCUCUCUCAGCAACCCAGGGUUUCCCCCACUUCCCUGCAUAUUGGAUUGUAUGUUUUAUACUUACUGCUACUGUCCCUUGUAUUUAAUUAAACUCGUUUUCUAUUAA